UCUUUGGGCUCUUGGAAAAGUGACUGAGGGGUUAACCCUAACCCUGUGGCUGAAGAGGAUAAAUUUGCCAUCUGUUCAGGAGUUUAGUUACUUUCCCUCCUCUGAUGGACAACACUGUGGCCCCACCCCUCUGCUUCCACGGCGUUAACUUGUCGUGCAGGCGGCAGCUGCGGCCUCACUCUGAGAUCUCCCUCCUCUACGCUCUGCUGAGCUGCAUCUCGCUGCUCACCGUCACCCUCAACCUGCUCGUCAUCAUCUCCAUUUCUCACUUCCAGCAGCUCCACACCCCGACCAACGCCCUGCUCCUGUCUAUGGCCGUGUCCGACCUGGUGGUGGGGCUGCUGGUGAUGCCCAUCGAGGGCCUGCGCUACAUGGAGACAUGCUGGCUGCUGGGGAGACUCAUGUGUGCCCUGAUGUCUCUCCUGUCCUACAGUCUGCUCUCUGGCUCUUUGGGCAACAUGGUGCUCAUAUCCAUAGAUCGCUACAUGGCCAUUUGUGACCCACUCCUCUAUUCCUCUAAGAUCACACUGAACAGAGUGAAGAUUUCAAUCUGUUUAUGCUGGGCCUGUUCGGUCCUCUACAACGGUCUGAUCCUGAAAGACCACAUCACGUGGCCCAACAGGUUCAGCUCCUGCCAUGGGGAGUGUGUGGUGGUCAUCAGCCACAUCUCAGGCAUAUUUGACCUCCUCAUCUCCUUUGUCGGGCCCUGCACUAUCAUGGUUGUUCUGUAUGUACGGGUGUUUGUGGUUGCCAUUUCUCAGGUGAGAGCCAUGCGGAGAGUAGCCGUCGCUGUCUCUGCUGCUCCCGCUGUGAAAAGAUCAGAGAGGAAAGCGGCUACGACUCUGGGCGUUGUGAUAGCCGUGUUUCUAAUGUGUUUCUGUCCGUAUUACUACCCCGCCCUCGCAGGUGAGAACACCUCCACCAGCUUGUCUUAUUUCGCUGCGCUGACUUGGGUAAUGUUGCUCAACUCCUGUAUGAACCCCCUGAUUUACGCCCUCUUCUAUCCUUGGUUUAGGAAAGCCGUCAAACUCAUUGUCACCCUCCGAAUACUGCACGCUCACUCCCGCAGCACCAAGAUACUGUAAACACAGCUCUAAUCAGCAGCGCAGACACUUUUCUCCCACAUCGCACCUCAUCUACGAAGUGUAAAUUAACAGA